CAGAAAAAGAAUGAACGGUGCCCGCUGGAAAUGAAUCUUAAUAUUAUUUAAAACUUUAAUCUAGAAAGAUGGAUGAUCCAAGAUUCGAAUGGAUCGGUAAACAGGUAUCGUUGGCACUGGACAUUAAAGAAAAUGAUGUUUUUGAAGAUCUCUUGGAAAGAGAUGACGGAGAACAGGAACGUGAACUUGGAAAGUUCCUGAACGAUACACCAGAAGAACAUGAAUCCUCGAUUCUCUUCUAUAAAAUCAUACGAGAAGAGGAGGAAGAAGUUGAAGUAGAAUGCGAGCCAGAAAUCCCCAGCAUUGAGGAGGAGGAAGAGGGUGCUGAGGGUGAAGGAGAACAGCAGACAGGUGACGGGGAGGGUGAGGGGGGAGACCAACCCCUCCCUGUCUCAUCACCCACAGGUACAGGUGAUGGAGAGGAUCAAACACCCAGAAAGGGAACAGGUAAGAAAAAGAAGAAGGGCAAGGACACACCCACUAGUGAUGAGCAAAAGGACGAAGAUACCACCAAGACGCCAGUCCCUGAAGGAGAGUCUGCUGCGGACGGGGAAGAGCAGCAAGGCGAGGACGAUGAACAAGACAACAAGAUCCCUAAAACUAAAAUCAUUAAGCAGAAAGUGAUGCGUACCUACCUGUACAUGUGUUACCAACAUCUGCCUGAGGAGCUAGCCGACCAGGACUGUGUGUACUUUCUGAGAAACACUCCAGGCAUGGUAUUUCUCCCAAACAGCGCUGAAGAGGCAGACGAAACCCUGCCAUCCUAUUUUGAAAUUGGCAUCCUCAACGGACAUUCUCUUGUCAUGUUGGAACAGAUUAUUUCACAAGUUUACAUGCCUCUACUGUCAUACAAUCAACAAAAGAACAGUGAGAUGCGUAAAGAGGCCAGUCCACCCAGUCGUACAGACACACAGAUGUCGGUGAAGACUGACGGUGAAGGGGACGCGGAUGAUUCCAAAGACAAUGUCAAUGUGGCCGAGUCUCGUGCCAAGGCUCUUUUGCGUGACGAGUUUCUAAUCAACAUGCAAAAGUUUGCUUCCAGUAUUAACCGCACGAUACAACAAAUCGAGGGCGAGGUUCGUCUCGAGAUUCCAGAGAUCGAAAUGAGUGACAAUGUGGAGGAAGUGCUAGCUAAUAAUGACUUGAUGCAGGUGAUCAGAGACACUUGUGGUGACUGGGCCAAACGUAUACGUGGCGCUCUGGAGACGCAGAUGAAAAAGGUGCCAUUAGGUAAAGGACCUCUGGCUGAAAUUGAUUUCUGGCGGGAGAGAAAUGCCGCCCUGAGUGCACUUACAGAACAGUUGAAGAUUCCUAAGGUGGCGCAGAUGUUAGAAGUGUACAGUCAUGUGGAGAACGACUUCGACGACAUCAAAGUGGAACUCAAUAAACUUUACGUUGAGGCUAAAGACAAUGUCCGCUUCUUGUCCACACUAGAGCGUCACUUCAAAAACAUUACCCAUGGUGCCACAUUCCAGGUUGUCAUAGAAACGGUUCCUUCGAUGAUGAAUGCCCUACGAAUGGUGUGGAUCAUCUCCCGACAUUACAAUAAGGAUGAACGUAUGGUGCCCCUGAUGGAGAGGAUUGCAUGGGAGCUUGCAGAGCGUGUGGCUCGUGUCAUCAACAUCAGGACUAUAUUUAAAGAUGGAACUGAGGAGGUGAAGAGGAAGACCCAGGAGGCUAAAAAAAUGUUACUAGUGUGGAAAGAGUCCUACUUCGAUGUGAGGGCAAAGAUUGAGGCGUCGGGUCGCGAUCAACGUUGGGAGUUUGACAGACGAAGACUGUUUGAGAGAACAGACUACAUGGCUAGCAUCUGUCAAAAUCUCUAUGAUGUCGCUGAGGUACUCGAGGAGUUCUACAAUAUCUUUGGACCAGAGCUGAAGGCGGUGACAGGAGACCCAAAGAGAAUUGAGGAGGUGCUGAUACGAGUGGAUGCUUUGGUGAAACCCCUGGAAGAGGUCAGUUUUGAUCCCUUUGUGAUCAACUACAAAGGUUCUUGGAAGUCGGAGAUCAUGGACAAGUUUGACAAACAGGUGACAUCCAUUGAUGGUGAGGCCAUUAUGUUUAUCGACGAGUCCUUCCAGUCCCUGAGGUCUGCCGAGGGUGCCUUUGACAUGCUCCAGAACUUCAAACACAUCAGGUCUAGAGAGGCCAUCAAUGCUCAGAUGAUGCAGAAGUUCAAGGAUAUUCUAAUACAAUAUGAAAAAGAGGUUUCUGCUUUGGAUGAGCUGUUCCAACAGCACCGUGAAAAUCCACCGCUGCAUAAAAACCAUCCGUCCAUAGCUGGCGCCAUCUUCUGGGAGCGAUCUCUGUUCCAUCGUAUUAAACAUACCAUUGUACGCUUCCUCACCAUGGAAGACAUGAUGCAGAGUGAAAUGGGCAAACACGCACGGGCGAAGUACCUGAGUGUGGCUAAACAGAUGAAGCAGUACGAGGACCAGAAGUACGAAGCCUGGAAGGACAAUGUAGAGCUCAUCCUGCCGUCUCUACUUAAACGGAACUUGCUGGUCAAACCACACCACUCUCAGCUGACCCAGCAGGGCCAUGAUGACCGUGGCGAAGGAGUAAAGCUACCUAACACAGAAAUCGUGGUAACAGGUACUGAUAACACAAACCAACAACUGGUCCCCGGCCAGCCAACCAAUCAGCAGCCAGAACAAGCACAGACCGACCAACCAGAGCAGGCUACCAAUAAUGGAAUUGAGAUCAAGUACCUGGUGGACUAUGACCCAAUGUUAGGUGAAAUUAUCUCCGAGACAAAAUACAUGGAACAGUUGGGCUUCCCAGUCCCAGAGCUAGCCCGCAACGUGGCUCUCCAGGAGGAGAAGUACAUCAAGUAUGUGGAGAAACUGAAGCAUAUGUUGGAACGCUACCACACACUUCUGUCCUCCCUCGACCCUGCAGAGAGCAACCUGUUGGAGGACCACAUGCGGGACCUACGUCGUGUCAUCAGGCCUGGAUCCAAGCGUCUCAACUGGAAUUCGCUCGGUAUCAACGACUUUGUCCUCAAAUCAGGAGCCGCUAUUGCCAAAUUUGAAUCCCUGGUAAAUCAGAUCCAGAAGAAUGCCAAAGACAUCAACCAGAGAUUGGUGAUGAUUGAGAACGCUAACCUGUACAAAGGACCGGUACCAAAGUACCCCGACAUGCUGCCAAGUUGCAAGGAGUACUAUGAACAUGUGGAGAAGGAACGAUCUAAGGACUUCGAGGUUCUGGCCAGAAAGUAUCGUGCCAUCGGACCCCUACUGACCAAGAUGGAGGGAUUAGUUGUACAUACCAACUCAGGGCGAUCGCCCAAACUCAGUCAGUAUUACGCCUACUGGGAACGCAAAGUCUACGAGGCACUCAGCAAGUUGACCCUGAACAACCUACGUCGGUUUGAAACGGCCUUGAGAUCCGAUCGACCGUUAUUCCAGGUGGAGACUCUCCUAGCCCCACCAGACGUAGUGCUCCACCCUCAGGCCAACGAAGUGUACAAACUAACUCUCCAGUGUGUCCGUGACUGUGUAGAGGGGACAAAGAUGUUCCUACGGUGGAUGAACGGAACGUGUAUAGAAACCCCACCUCAGAAGGUGGAGGGUGAGGACGAACCCUAUGUGUUUAGUUUCUUCACAGACAUUUCUGUUAGCCCUGAUGUGAUCGACUAUGUACAGGGCAUCCAGAACAAUAUUAAAAAUACUCUCACCAACAUGACACGCUACCUCAACCGAUGGAAGAAAUAUCGCAGUAUAUGGAAAGUGGACAAGCAAACCAUUGCUGACAAAUGGUACCAGAAAGGCCCUAGUGUGGUGGCAUUUGACGACAAACUCCAGUAUUACUACAAGACAAUCGAUGAGGUAGAAGGGCUGCCGCUAGUCAAGGAUCAGGAAUGUAUCCGCCUCCACAUGGGGCCCCUGGCAUCAUCAGUGAAGGACCAUGCCAAACAAUGGAUUUCACACCUUGGGAAGAUUCUUCGUGAUUCCUCUAAAGAGGCCCUCUACAGCCUUAGGGACAAUCUAGACGAUAAAUCGGACGACCUUGAAUCGACCCCUAGUAGUUUAGAGGACCUUAAGUUUGUGCUGACAACAAUUUCUGACAUUAAAACAAUAUCCUUGGAAGUGGAAGGUAAGAUCCGUGACAUUCAGGAGCGGUACAGGACACUGUCUAUGUAUGAUAUUGAGGUGACGGACGAGGAGAAAGAAAUUCAAUGGAACCUUCCACAAAUCUGGGACGACCUCGUCUGGAAGUCCAAGAACAUCGACGCAAGCCUCUUCAUGGUGAAGAAGAGGUUUACAGAGAUAACCCAAGACCAGAUUAAAGACUUCAAGAAAGACCUUGAGGAAUUUGCCACCGGCUUUUAUGAGAAAGGGCCUGGAGCUGUUGGUACAAAUCUUGACAAAGGUAUGGAGUUGAUGAAGUCAUUCCGUGGAGAUGUUGCCCAGUACGAGGCUGACCGACAGGAACUAGCCAACGCUGAGAAGCUGUUUGACCUGCCGAUCACUAUGUACCCAGACCUGCUGGAAGUCCAGAAACAGAUGAAGGGUUUGGAGAUGGUCUAUUCACUCUACGAGGAACAAACGGCUGCAAGAGAGGGAUGGUCCGAGACUCUGUGGUCAAACCUCAACGUCCAGGUGCUACAGGACGGAAUCGAGGGCUUCCUCAAACAACUCCGGAAGAUGCCACGGGACGUUAAGUCUCUACAAGCCGCUCGUGCCCUCGAAUCAAAGAUGAAGGAAUUCCGGGAUUCUCUCCCCCUGUUUGUAGAUCUCAAGCAUGAAGCACUCCGAGAACGCCAUUGGAAGGAGUUGAUGAACAAGACUGGUCAGAAGUUUGACAUCAACCCAGAAACUUUUACUUUGGCUAAUGUAUUCGCUAUGGAGCUGCAGCGCUUCCAGGAAACCAUUAUAGAGAUCGUAACAGCAGCCAGCAAGGAAAUGGGCAUAGAAAAGGGUGUUAAAGAAGUUGAAGAGAUGUGGAGUAAUAUGAAGUUCACCAUUGUCCCAUACAUGAAAGGGACUUCAAACCGAGGCUUCAUCUUGGGGGCCAUUGACGACGUCCUCCAAAACCUUGACGACAGUGCCAUGAAUCUGCAGAGUAUGGCUGCCUCACGUUUCAUUGGUCCAUUUGCUAACUCUGUCCAGAACUGGGAGAAAAGUUUGUCUCUGGUUUCUGAAGUUUUAGAUGUGUGGAUGGUGGUCCAGAGGAAGUGGAUGUAUCUAGAGGGGAUCUUCAUUGGCGGAGACAUCCGCUCACAGCUGCCGGAGGAGGCGAAGAAGUUCGACCAGAUUGAUAAGACAUUCAAAAAGAUAAUGACGGACACUCACAAGACGCCGACCAUUAAGAUCGCCUGCCACGCUCCUAACCGUCUCCAGGACCUGGAGAGCCUCAGCAUGGGCCUGGAAAAGUGCCAGAAGUCGCUGAACGACUACCUCGACUCCAAACGUAAUGCCUUCCCACGUUUCUUCUUCAUCUCAGACGAUGAAUUGCUGAGCAUUCUGGGUAGCAGUGAUCCAAGUUGUGUACAGGAACACAUCAUCAAGAUGUACGACAAUAUUGCCUCUCUGAGAUUCCAAGAGGGCGGUAGCAACGAGACACUUGCCACAGCAAUGAACUCUGCGGAAAAUGAAGUGAUGGAAUUCCGCACAAGCGUUCCAGCCGAAGGUCGUGUAGAAGACUGGAUGACAGCCGUUCUAGAAGAAAUGAGAUCCACCAAUCGUCUUAUCACAAAGGAAGCUGUCUUCUUCUACGGAGAAGAUGAAAAUAACAGAGUGGACUGGAUGUUGGGAUACCAAGGUAUGAUAUGUCUGGCCGGUAACCAGGUCUGGUGGACGUGGGAGGUCGAAGACACAUUCAACAAGGUCAAGAAAGGUCAGAAGACUGCCAUGAAGGACUACGCCAAACAGCAACACAAACAAAUCAACGAGGUGGUGGUACAGAUUCGCUCACCUCUGUCGAAAAAUGAUCGUGCCAAGUUCAACUCUGUACUUAUCAUUGAUGUGCAUGCUCGUGACAUCAUCGACGGCUUUGUCCGGGACAGUAUUAUGGAUGCCAAGGAGUUUGAGUGGGAGAGCCAGCUGAGAUUUUAUUGGGAGAAGGAGCCAGAUGAGCUGGUGGUCCGACAGUGUACAGGAGAUUUCGGCUAUGGUUACGAGUACAUGGGUCUCAAUGGUAGACUGGUCAUCACCCCACUGACUGACAGAAUCUACCUCACACUCACUCAGGCGUUGUCCAUGAACCUAGGUGGUGCUCCAGCUGGCCCAGCUGGUACUGGUAAAACCGAGACAGUCAAGGAUCUUGCCAAGGCCCUGGGUCUACUGUGUGUUGUAACCAACUGUGGAGAAGGCAUGGACUUUAAGGCUGUGGGUAAAAUCUUCUCAGGUCUGUGUCAGUGUGGAGCUUGGGGUUGUUUUGACGAGUUCAACAGAAUUGACGUGUCAGUACUGUCCGUCAUUUCUACCCAGCUGAAGACAAUCCAGAACGGACUCAUCCUGAAACUCAAAAAGUUUCACUUUGAAGGUCAAGAAAUUAACCUUGACCUUCGGGUGGGAAUGUUCAUCACCAUGAACCCAGGUUAUGCUGGUCGUACCGAGCUGCCGGAGUCUGUGAAGGCUUUGUUCCGUCCCGUGGUCGUAAUCGUGCCUGAUCUUCAGCAGAUCUGCGAGAUCAUGUUGUUUUCUGAGGGAUUCUUACACGCCAAGGUCCUCGCCAAAAAGAUGACAGUGCUGUACAAACUGGCGAAGGAACAAUUGUCAAAGCAGUACCACUACGAUUUUGGUCUGCGUGCCCUCAAAUCUGUCCUUGUCAUGGCUGGUGAGCUGAAGAGAAGCUCAGCAGAACUCCCAGAGGAUGUGGUGCUAAUGAGAGCGCUGAGAGACAUGAACCUGCCCAAGUUCGUGUUUGAGGACGUCCCACUGUUCCUGGGUCUCAUUGGAGAUCUGUUCCCCGGUCUUGACUGCCCCCGUGUUCGUUACCCCAACUUUAACGACGCAGUUGAAGCAGUACUCGCUGAUAAUGGUUACGUCAUGCUUCCUAUACAGGUCGACAAAGUGGUACAGCUGUACGAGACCAUGAUGACCCGACACACAACCAUGAUUGUCGGUCCUACAGGGGGAGGUAAAUCUGUCGUCAUCAACACGUUGUCACAGUCGCAGACAAAACUGGGAACGACUACCAAGCUGUUUGUCAUCAAUCCCAAGGAUCGUAGUGUGAUAGAGCUCUACGGUAUCCUCGACCCCGUCACUCGUGACUGGACUGAUGGUCUCCUCUCAAAUAUCUUCCGAGAUAUCAACAGACCCACGGACAAGAAAGAGCGCAAGUAUAUUGUGUUUGAUGGCGAUGUUGACGCCCUCUGGGUGGAAAAUAUGAACUCUGUCAUGGACGACAAUCGUUUGUUGACUCUGGCCAACGGUGAAAGGAUUCGUCUACAGAAACAUUGUGCCAUGUUAUUUGAGGUGUCUGACUUACAAUACGCCUCCCCUGCCACUGUGUCCAGGUGUGGAAUGGUGUACGUCGACCCAAAGAACCUCGGCUUUGACCCCUUCUGGACCAAAUGGAUGAACACUCGGCCGAGCAAGACAGAGAGAGACGAGAUGAAGCGACUAUAUGAUAAAUAUGUUCCUUCACUCAUAGACAUGGUGAUUGAGGGUGUCAUGGACGGCAAACUGGGAGAUAAGAUGAAGACAAUUAUACCUCUGACUAACCUCAACCUGGUGACUCAGCUAAGUAACAUGCUAGACGCCCUUUUGGUGAAGGAGAACCUGGAGUCUGACGAGUUAGAGGCGUACUUCCUCCAGGCACUGUAUUGGUCUAUAGGCGCAGCUCUUCUGGAAGAUGGUCGCAUUAAGUUUGACGCCCAAGUCAAGAAUCUGGCUUCCCUCACACAGGUUGUGGACGAGGGUAAAACACAGGCAGGCUUAGGUGAAAUCCCUACCACUCAGCCAACCCUGUAUGAGUAUUUCUAUGACGCGGAGGAAAAGAAAUGGGAAGCUUGGACCAAAAAAGUCCCAACUUACAUCCAUGCCCCAGAGAAGAAAUACAAUGAGAUCCUGGUCCCUACUGUUGACACUGUGCGCACUACUUGGCUGCUGGAGCUCAUGGUCGGUAUUAAACAUCCCGUUGUCUUGAUCGGCGAGACCGGUACGUCUAAGUCAGCUACUACUGCCAACUUCCUCAGAACCAUGGACUCAGAAACACAUUUGUUGCUGAACAUGAACUUCUCCAGUCGUACAACAUCCUUUGAUGUGCAGCGUAACUUGGAGGCAAACGUAGAAAAGAGGACCAAGGACACCUAUGGACCCCCACCAGGCAAGAGGCUGCUCAUCUUCAUUGACGACAUGAACAUGCCUCAGGUGGACACAUAUGGCACUCAGCAACCUGUUGCGCUGUUGAAACUUCUACUAGAGAAAGGAGGCGCCUAUGACCGGGGCAAGGAUCUCAACUGGAAGAACAUGAAGGACAUUGGCUAUAUUGCAGCUAUGGGUAUCGCUGGUGGCGGUCGUAAUGAGACAGACCCAAGAUUUGUCUCCCUUUUCUGUGUGUUCAACAUGACAUUCCCCUCAGACGAGUCUCUGUACUUGAUCUACAACUCCAUCCUUGUUGGUCACUGCCAGCCUUUCGCUAAGGAGAUUCAGGACUGUGUGUCCACUAUCACCAAGAUGACCAUGAGUCUUUACAGCACGGUGGUAAAGGACCUCCCCCCAACUCCAUCUAAGUUCCAUUACAUCUUUAACCUGCGUGACUUGUCACGUAUUUAUCAGGGUUUGUGUCUCACCACACCCGACCGCUUCAGCAAACCAGACAAGUUUGUGCGUGUCUGGAGGAAUGAAUGCAUGAGAGUAAUUUCUGACCGACUCAUCAGCGACACCGACAAAGCCAAUGUCAUGAAAUCAUUACAGACACUUGUAGAAGAUAACUACAAGAGCUAUGUGGACAUGGUAAUGAAGGACCCCAUCCUGUUUGGAGAUUAUCGUACAGCUUUGGAGGACAGUGAGCCGCGACUUUACGAGGACAUACAGGACUACGAUGCCUCACAGGCACUCUUUAAGGAGAUUUUGGAGGAAUACAAUGAAAGUAACACUGCAAUGAGACUUGUACUGUUUGAGGAUGCACUGGAGCAUCUGACGCGUGUGCACCGUGUAAUUCGUAUGGACAAUGGCCACGCCUUACUUGUGGGUGUUGGAGGCAGUGGCAAACAGAGUCUGUGUAAACUUGCUUCCUACACAGCUGGUUGUGAGGUAUUCGAAAUUACGCUCAGCCGAGGCUACAGCGAGCAGUCGUUCCGAGAGGACUUGAAAAUUCUAUACAACAAACUCGGAAUUGAGAACAAAAAGAUGGUGUUCCUGUUCACAGAUCAACACGUGGUAGAGGAGGGCUUCCUGGAGCUCAUUAACAACAUGCUCACCUCAGGCAUGGUACCGGCCCUCUACCAAGACGAUGAGAAAGAGGCUAUCAUUGGACAGGUACGUAAUGAGGCCAUAGCUGCAGGUUGCCCUCAUGCUCGUGAGAUGGUGUGGCAGUUUUUUGUCAACAAGUGUGCCAGCAACCUCCAUAUUGUCCUUGCCAUGUCUCCUGUUGGUGACGCCCUUAGAACUCGCUGUAGGAACUUCCCAGGUUUGGUGAACUGUGCCAACAUUGAUUGGUUCUUCCCCUGGCCAGAGCAGGCCCUGUUGGCAGUCGCAAGUGUCUUCAUAGCACCAGAUAAUAAGCUGAUCCCGGAUGAGAACAGGGAGAAUGUGGUAAGCCACAUUGUGCUUGUCCACCAGAGUGUUGGCGAGUACAGCAAAAAGUUCCAGCAGCGCCUCCGUCGUAACAACUAUGUGACACCCAAAAACUACCUGGAUUUCAUCAACACAUACCUUCGUCUGUUGGACGAAAAGGACAAUUUCAUUCUGUCUCAGUGCGAGCGCCUCAGUGGGGGUCUAAUGAAGAUUGCUGAGGCUAGCGAACAGCUAGCCAUUUUAAACGAUCGACUGGCUGUUCAGAAAGUGGCCGUCACAGAGAAAACCCAGUCUUGUGAGAUCAUGUUGGCAGAAAUCUCCAAGAAUUCAACCAUGGCCACAGAAAAGAAACAGUUAGCUGAGGCCAAGGGAAAGGAAAUUGCAGAACAAAGUGUUGUCAUCGCCAAGGAGAAGAAAGAAGCAGAGGAUGCCCUAGCGGAGGCUUUGCCUGCCCUUGAAGCUGCCCGUAUAGCUCUAGAGGAUCUGGACAAGUCUGACGUUACAGAAAUCAGGUCAUUCUCAAAGCCUCCCCCAGAGGUACAGCGAGUGUGCGAGUGUAUCGUGGUAUUGCGGGGAAUCAAAGAGGUAUCAUGGAAGUCAGCCAGGGGCAUGAUGGCCGAGGGAAACUUCCUCAAGGCUCUCCAAGAGAUGGACGUCGACGCCAUAACUACCAGGCAAACACAGGCUGUCAAAGGUCUGAUGAGUGACAAGACGAUGACUCUGUCUUUGGAUACCAUGAAGAACAUUAGUAAGGCCGGUUCUGGGCUGCUCAAGUUUGUGGAAGCUGUGAUGGGAUACUGUGUGGUUGCCAGGGAAAUCAAACCAAAGAGGGACAAGGUAGCUAAGCUGGAGAGAAGUUUCCACCAGGCCAAGCGUGACCUUGACAAAAUCAACAACGAGUGUGCCUCCCUUGAGAAGGAGCUCAAUGACCUGAGUAAGAAGUACGAGGAGGCCAUGUCUGAGAAACAGAAGCUUGAGGAAGAGGCGGCCAUCAUGCAGCGUCGUCUCAUCGCUGCUGACAAACUCAUCUCUGGUCUUGGACAUGAAAAUAUUAGAUGGACAAACGACCUUGAGGAACUUAAAAUAAAGCGUGUCAAGUUGCUGGGUGACUGUCUGCUUGGCUCCGCCUUCCUGAGUUACGUGGGUGCAUUUAGCUGGGAGUUCCGUAGUGAUUUAGUAUACGAGGUUUGGGAAAAGGACCUUCGUGCGCGGGAGAUCCCCCUCAGUGAUCCUUACAAACUGGAGGAACUGCUCACCAACGAUGUCGAGAUCAGCAAAUGGACGUCUGAAGGCCUACCUCCUGAUGAAUUGUCUAUACAGAACGGUAUCCUGACUACACGUGCCAGUCGCUUCCCCAUGUGUAUUGACCCUCAACAACAGGCUCUCAAGUGGAUUAUGAACAAGGAGGAACAAAACAAUCUAAAGGUAUGUACCUUCAACGACAGCGAUUUCUUGAAGCAGCUUGAGCUCGCCAUCAAGUACGGCUUCCCCUUCCUGUUCAAAGACGUUGAUGAGUACAUCGACCCUGUCAUCGACAAUGUCCUCGAGAAAAAUAUCAAAGGUGGACAGGGGCGCGAGUUUGUCAUCCUGGGAGAUAAAGAAGUGGAUUAUGAUCCUAAUUUCCGGCUUUACCUCAACACAAAACUGGCCAACCCCAAAUACUCCCCCAAUGUGUUUGGCAAGUCUAUGGUCAUCAACUACACCGUCACUCUCAAGGGUCUUGAGGACCAGCUGUUGAGUGUCAUCGUCAAGUUUGAGCGUCGAGAGCUUGAGGAGCAGAGGGAACGUUUGAUUCAGGAGACCAGCGUCAACAAGAAGCUGCUGAAGGACCUUGAGGACGCUCUGCUGAGAGAGCUGGCGCAGUCUACGGGCAACAUGUUGGAUAAUGUGGAGCUCAUAGAAACUCUGGAGGAGACCAAGACCAAGGCCACUGAGGUAUCGGAGAAACUGAAGCUUGGAGCCAAGACCGCCAUAGACAUUGACAAGCUACGUGAUGGUUACAGACCCGCAGCAAGACGUGGAGCCAUUCUGUUUUUCAUCCUGGCUGAAAUGUCAUCCAUUAACACUAUGUACCAGUAUUCCUUGGCCUCGUACCUGGAGGUGUUUGAGUUCUCCCUCAGAAAGUCCAUGCCUGAUAGUAUCCUACAGAAACGCCUGCGGAACAUCAUGGACACCCUAACACACAACAUGUACAACUACGGGUGUACCGGUAUCUUUGAGAAGCACAAGUUGAUGUUCUCCUUCCAGAUAACGAUCAAACUGGAACAGGACAGAGGCAAAGUUACUCAGGCCGAGCUCGACUUCUUCAUCAAGGGUAAUAUAGCUUUGGAAAAGAGUAAGAGGAAGCGUCCAUUUGCCUGGUUCCCUGAGGCGGGAUGGGAGGACUGCAUUCGAUUGGUUGAUGUCUUGCCUGAUAAGUUUGGAUCUAUCCUAGAAGACAUUGAGAGAAAUGAGCAAAUCUGGAAGAAGUGGUAUGACCAUGACACACCAGAGUCACAGCCUUUCCCGCUCAAAUACGUGGACUCCCUGUCCGACUUCCAGAAACUGGCAUUGCUGAGGUGUUUCCGUGUUGAUCGUAUUUACCGUGCUGUGGAGGAGUUUGUUACCAAGGUGAUGGGAGAGAAGUACGUCACUCCGCCCAUCAUCAGUUUUGAGGCUAUAUUUGAACAGAGUACGCCUAUGUCUCCAAUCGUCUUUAUCCUCAGUCCGGGGUCAGAUCCUGCUAGUGACCUCGUGAAACUGGCUGAGAGAAUCGAGUUUGGCACCAACAAAAUCAAGUUCCUGUCUAUGGGUCAAGGUCAAGAAAAGGUGGCGCUGCAAUACCUGGAGACUGCAAUUGCCCGUGGCCAGUGGCUCAUGUUGCAAAAUUGUCACUUACUGGUCAAAUGGCUCAAGGAACUGGAAAAGCAGCUGGAAAAACUGACCAAGCCUCAUCCUGACUUCCGGCUCUGGCUAACCACUGAACCAACUCCCAGUUUCCCCAUAGGCAUCUUACAGAGGUCACUCAAGGUUGUGACAGAGCCACCCAACGGACUCAAGCUGAAUCUACGCGGUACUUACCAUAAGAUUUCCGCAGUUGCUCUGUCGGAGUGCCCCAACCCAGCCUUCCCAGCCCUUGUGUUUGUACUCGCCUUCUUCCACGCGGUCGUACAAGAGAGGAGAAAGUAUGGAAAGAUUGGCUGGAACAUAUCGUACGACUUCAACGAGUCUGACUUCCGUGUGUGUAUGCAAAUCCUCAACACGUACCUGACUAAAGCUGAGGAACAGGGAGAGACCAAGAUACCCUGGAACAGUCUCAAGUACCUGAUCGGCGAGGUGAUGUACGGAGGCCGAGCCAUUGACAACUUUGAUCGGCGCGUACUGGGCACCUACAUGGAUGAGUACAUGGGGGAUUUCAUCUUCGACACGUUCCAACCUUUCCACUUCUACUGCAAUGAGGAAGUCGACUACAGGAUCCCUGACGAUGGACUCCGUGACGUAUAUACUGAUUACAUUGAGGAACUUCCCCAUGCUAAUACCCCUGAGGUGUUUGGUCUCCACCCCAACGCUGAGAUUGGGUACUACACACAGGCUGCCCGAGACAUGUGGGCACAUCUCAUCGAACUUCAGCCACAGACCGGUGACACCUCUGGAGGAAUCAGUCGAGAAGAGUUUAUAGACAAGAUUGCACAGGAAGUACUGGGCAAGCUUCCGCAGGAGUUCGAGAUGGACAAGAUCAAAAAGAAAUAUGGUAUUGAUAUCGCCCCCACAACGAUUGUGUUGCUGCAGGAACUGGAUCGCUUUAACCUCCUCAUCAACAUCAUGAGGAGGUCCCUGUCCACUCUCAGGAAGGCUCUGAUUGGUGAGGUUGGAAUGAGCAGUGAGCUGGACGAUGUUGCCCGUGCCUUGUUUAAUGGUAUGAUACCAUCUAUUUGGAGACGUUUGGCACCGGUCACUCUCAAGUCUCUUGGAAACUGGAUGCUCCACUUUGAGAGAAGAUUCAAGCUCUACAAUGGCUGGGUUAAUGAAGGAGAGCCAGGCGUAAUGUGGCUGUCUGGUCUACAUAUUCCCGAAUCCUAUCUGACCGCUCUCGUCCAGGCCACCUGUCGUAAGAAUGGCUGGCCACUGGACAAGUCGACACUUUACACCACAGUUACUCAGUGGUCAUCUGCGGAAGAUGUCACAGAGCGCGCUCAUCAGGGUUGUUUUGUGGAUGGUUUGUACCUAGAAGGUGGAGCCUGGAACAAGGAGGAGAGCUGCAUCAUUCGACAGAACCCCAAACAGCUCAUCCAGGAACUUCCUGUCCUCAAGAUCAUCCCCAUAGAAGCUCAUCGGUUGAAGCUACAGAACACAUUCAAGACACCAGUGUAUGUAACCUCACAGAGAAGAAACGCUAUGGGCGUCGGUUUGGUGUUUGAAGCAGAUCUGGCCACCACAGAACACAUCAGCCAUUGGUCACUACAGGGUGUGUGUCUCAUCCUCAACACUGACUAAAAAGGGGCGUGGCUUCAAGGUGGCAACGCCCACUAUCACAGACAAUUUGUGUACCUCAGCAAAAGACUAUAACAAAAAGCACAUUUUUUACAAACAAGAAUGAAAUACAUUGUAUGACCAGCGAUUGAAUUAAGUGGGAGAUAGUGUUUGGCAAUAUUGCUUCCUUCAGGAUCUUAGUGUGACAGAAACAUUCUGUAUAAAGCCAUUUCUGUGAUAAACAAUAACAAAAAAAUACCGGUCAGAAGGAGUUUCAGUGUUGAAGCGUGAUGAUAUUUACAAAGAAAUUGGAAAUUAAAAAAUAUUUGAUUGAUUUUAACGUUUAUGUCAUCAAGGAAAAGCAAUCUUUUGUCACCAUUUCAAUGAUAUACAUGUACUGCAUAAUAGACACACUGUAUCAGCUAUGUCUAUAUACAUUUUGUACAUAUUUGAACUAUAUAUGACUUAAUUGCAUUGCCCUUACAAUAAUUGUAUCCAAAGAAAUCUGUCCAAACCUUUCUUCCAGUUACAUGAUAUGACAAUUAAAGACUUGUGCGGUACUGUAAAAUAGUCAAUAUACAUAAUACUGUAUUUAUUUAUCUAUUUAUUUUAAGUUUAACAAUUAACAUUCAGAUAGACAAUCGAUGGAUCUCAUUUAUAACCGUGAUAUCUAAGAUUAAAACUUAUAUUUUUACUUGACUGUCAAAUCUUUUAGGCAUUCCAGCCUCUACUUGAACUGUUGAACAAAACUUGUCAGCACAUAUUGUUAAAGACAUAUUGUGUCCCUAACUGAAUGUGGACAAAACAGUUAUAAAACAUUCCGUCCGUAACUGAUAAUUUGUACAAAACUUAGCGACAUGUUGUAGUAAAUUUUCAUUCCGUCCUCUACUGUGUACAGAACUACAAUCUUAUUUUAUUAAGUUCUUUUAUAUUUAUUUUUGAAUUAAAAUAUCAUGUAUAAAAUAAAUUAACUGCUGUUAAUGGUUCCUCUGCAGAAUUGACAGAGUUUAAUGGACCUGCUAUUUCAUCUUGUUAAAUCUUUUUUACAGAGAACUCUUUUGAGUAAAAUAUUUUGUUACUAGAGUGGAUUGCUCAUUAAAAAAA